GCCGAGGCUCGGCGCCGCGAGAAACGCCCUAAAGAGGCGGGAGAGAGGGAGGGAGAGCGCGGCUCCGGAGAGCGAGAGCGAGCUGAAGCUGCCUGCCGGCGGAGAGGAGGAGCGGGGCGAGGACGAGGAGAAGCGGGGCGAGGCGCAGGCGAAGCUGGGACCCGGGGCGCGCGCACUUCUCCGCAAAGUGCCAACUUCCCGGGAGAGAGUGCCCGGCGCGCACCUUCUGGGCUCCGGGGAAAAGUCAGCGGGAAUUUGAGAUCUUAGGGAAGAAAGUCGGGGUUCCCCCGUCCCCCUUCCCCUGUUACUAAUCCCCAUAAAAAAGACAAACAACAAGAAUAACAGCAAACUUGCUAUAAGCCUGUCUGCCCCCCACUCCUGGCACCAUGAAGGCGGCCGUCGAUCUCAAACCGACUCUCACCAUCAUCAAGACGGAAAAAGUCGAUCUGGAGCUUUUCCCCUCCCCGGGUUUGAACUCCGGCGCUGCCGAAUUACAACCGCUUUCAUUUGUUUUUCCUGCUCCCCUACCAUGUAAUGGUCAAGGGCUCAUUGGAACCAUGUGUGAGCCUGAUAUGGAAUGUGCUGAUGUCCCACUCUUGACUCCAAGCAGCAAAGAAAUGAUGUCUCAAGCAUUGAAAGCUACUUUCAGUGGUUUCUCUAAAGAACAGCAACGCCUGGGAAUUCCCAAAGACCCCCGGCAGUGGACAGAAACCCAUGUUCGGGACUGGGUGAUGUGGGCCGUGAAUGAGUUCAGCCUGAAAGGUGUGGACUUCCAGAAGUUCUGUAUGAAUGGAGCAGCUCUCUGUGCACUCGGGAAGGACUGCUUUCUCGAGCUGGCCCCAGACUUUGUUGGGGACAUCUUGUGGGAACAUCUCGAGAUCCUGCAGAAAGAGGAUGUGAAACCAUAUCAAGUGAAUGGAGUCAACCCUACCUAUCCAGAAUCCCGCUAUACCUCGGAUUACUUCAUUAGUUAUGGUAUCGAGCAUGCUCAGUGCGUUCCUCCCUCAGAGUUCUCAGAGCCUAGCUUCAUCACAGAGUCCUACCAGACACUCCAUCCCAUCAGCUCGGAGGAGCUCCUCUCCCUCAAGUAUGAGAAUGACUACCCUUCUGUCAUUCUCCGCGACCCUCUGCAGACAGACACCUUGCAGACUGACUACUUUGCCAUCAAACAAGAAGUCGUAACCCCGGACAACAUGUGCAUGGGGAGGACCAGUCGUGGUAAGCUCGGGGGCCAGGACUCUUUUGAGAGCGUGGAGAGCUACGAUAGCUGUGACCGCCUCACCCAGUCCUGGAGCAGCCAGUCAUCCUUCAACAGCCUGCAGCGCGUCCCCUCCUAUGACAGCUUCGACUCAGAGGACUAUCCAGCUGCCCUACCCAACCACAAGCCCAAGGGCACCUUCAAGGACUAUGUGCGUGACCGUGCUGACCUCAACAAGGACAAGCCUGUCAUUCCUGCUGCUGCCCUGGCUGGCUACACAGGCAGUGGACCAAUCCAGCUGUGGCAGUUUCUUCUGGAAUUACUCACUGAUAAAUCCUGUCAGUCUUUUAUCAGCUGGACAGGAGAUGGCUGGGAGUUCAAGCUUUCUGACCCAGAUGAGGUGGCCAGGAGAUGGGGAAAAAGGAAAAACAAGCCCAAGAUGAAUUAUGAGAAACUGAGCCGUGGCCUACGCUACUAUUAUGACAAAAACAUCAUCCACAAGACAGCGGGUAAACGCUACGUGUACCGCUUUGUGUGCGACCUACAAAGCCUUCUGGGAUACACGCCCGAGGAGCUCCACGCCAUGCUGGAUGUCAAACCCGAUGCCGACGAGUGAUGGACACCCAAGGGGUCGGGGAAAACUCUGCUGAGACAUUUUGAAGAACAACCAUGUUGGUCGGACUCUUAAUUUUUAAUCGUUAUUCUAUUUUUAAUUUUCCAGAAUUCAUUUUUUACAUUCAGGGGUGGGAGCUAAGUGAGCUGCAGCUUAAUCAAUUGUGAGCAGUUGGAAAAAGAGAGCCAGGGCUUGUGGGUGGGUGGGACGAGAAAUUCUUGAGCAAAUUUUCAGGAGAGGGAGAGAGAGAGAAAGAGAGAGAGAAGGGUUCUUCUAAGAAGCUUGAAGGAUCUGGCUUAAGGGAGGAGGAAACUAACACAUUAUUUUUUAAAAAUUGUCCAUGAAAAAAAAAAGGCAUGUCUUGAGUUAUGGACCUAUUAG